GACCAGCCCAGGUUCGAGUCUCAUCCAAUAUAUAUGUACUCGUCAAACUUCCAAUAUACCCAAAUAUCGUCCCCGUCAUAGUCACAGAUAUUAAUCCAUAUCGAUUCACUGUUCGUUCUCUUUAUAUUUUCAGUAUCAUUUCUCUGAAGAUGACAAGAACAAGAUGGUGAAAACAAUCCGCGGAGUCCAAUUACAAAGUCCAAAAUAUUUUAUACCCCAUCAAACAAAUUUAAUAAGAUUUUUCAUUUCAAGGAGACACAGAUCGCUUAUUGAAGUAAAUUCCACAGAUGAUCUCUGUCCCGCUCACCAUUGUUGUACAGCAAAUUAAGGAUUCUGGAAGGUUCCGAGUGCAUUAUAAAUUUGUGCAAGAGCUCUUGUUUUUGAAGCCCUUGUUAUGCGAGGGCUAUGUCUGGUUUAUCAUAGCAAAAAUUUGAUCUAAAACUGGCAAGUUUGGGAGGGACUAAAGUCAAUUCUUUGAGUACAAAGUUUUUUAUAUUUCAAUUCUGUGAACAGGUUCGAGACAGUGAGGUUGUGUGCAACAUAGUUACGUUUUAAAGUUUCGAUUCUGUGACCUGUUAAUGGAGACGAGGCACUAAGGUUGUGUGACACAUAGCUAGGUUUGUUGGUUUCCAUAGCUGGUUUGUUCGUUUCCUUGGGGCAUGUUGUUGGCAGAGUGCAAGUCUUGGGUUUUAUCCUUUGCAAGUUAUGAUAAAGAAUUUUUUACAGAGGCUUCCACGCAAGCAGUCAAAAUCAGAUAACAGCAGCAGUGGUGGCGAUGGAGGAGGAGGAGGAGGAGGAGGGGGGAAUGUGUCAUUAAAUGGCUCAGGACGCAAUGUUACUGGCAAUUUCAGAGGUGGAGGAGUGAGUCCUGCACCUGCAGGGCCACGAACAGUGGUUCCAUUUAAUGUUACUGUACAAAAUAUUAACAGUCAUAAUAGUGGGGCAACAGCAGGUGAGACAAACGCUUGGUCUCCUGUGGGGAAGAAAUUGUCUGCGGAUGUAGUUUCUUCCAAUGGAAGUAUGAAUUUCUUCAUUGUCGAGCCUCUGCCCUCAUUCAGGGACGUUUCAAGCUCUGAAAGACAGAACUUGCUCCUAAAAAAAUUGAGGCUUUGUAGUUUUGUGUUUGACUUCUCUGAUCCUACAAAAAAUGCAAAAGAGAAGGAUAUUAAAAGGCAGACGCUUCUUGAGCUUGUGGAAUUUAUCAGCUCUGUGAAUGGCAAGUUUAAUGAAGCUGUAAUGGAGGAAAUUAGUAAAAUGGUUACUGCCAACUUGUUCAGAACUAUACCUUCAUCUUCUCAUGAAGCUGCAGGAUUGGAUAACCCUGAAGAGGAGGAGGAGCCAACGAUGGAUCCUUCAUGGUCCCAUCUACAGGUAGUUUAUGAAUUCUUUCUGAGAUUUGUUGCAUCAAGUGAGACAGAUGCAAAACUGGCAAAGAGAUAUAUUGAUCACUCCUUUGUUUUAAGAUUAUUGGAUCUCUUUGAUUCUGAGGAUCCUAGAGAGAGAGAAUAUCUGAAAACAAUAUUGCACCGCAUAUACGGGAAAUUCAUGGUGCACAGACCCUUCAUUCGAAAAGCAAUCAACAACAUCUUCUACCGUUUUAUUUUCGAAACUGAAAAGCAUAAUGGAAUAGCUGAGCUGCUGGAGAUUUUGGGUAGUAUCAUUAAUGGAUUUGCAUUGCCAUUGAAGGAGGAACACAAGCUUUUUCUUGUACGAGCUUUGAUCCCAUUGCACAAGCCCAAAUGUGUGGCUAUGUACCAUCAGCAAUUAUCUCAUUGUAUUACACAAUUUGUAGAGAAAGACUUCAAGCUAGCAGAUACUAUCAUUAGGGGAUUACUGAAAUAUUGGCCUAUCACAAAUAGUCAAAAGGAGGUACUGUUCCUAGGAGAAUUGGAGGAAGUUUUAGAAGCAACCCAGGCGGCUGAAUUUCAGAGAUGUAUGGUGCCAUUGUUCAGGCAAAUUGGACGCUGCCUGAAUAGUUCACACUUCCAGGUAGCUGAGCGUGCUUUAUUUUUUUGGAACAAUGAGCACAUUUUAAACUUGAUUGCACAAAAUCGCUACGCAAUAUUGCCACUGGUUUUCCCAGCUCUUGAGAAGAAUACAAAAAGUCACUGGAGUCAGGCCGUGCACAGUUUAACUUUGAACGUGAGGAAGAUAUUUUUGGAGAUGGACCAAGAGCUCUUCCAGGAAUGUGAGCGUAAGUAUCUUGAAGAGGAAAUAAAAGCAAAAGGUAUACAAGAGAAGCGUGAAGUCACAUGGCAGCGUUUGGAAGCAGUUGCUGCUUCAAAAGCUGUAAGUAAUGAAUUAGUGCCAGUAGCACAUCCAGCAGGUAGCAAUUCUGAUCUGAAAGCUUCGUCAGGGAGUUGAUCAGUUAUAAUAUUAAUCACUCCUUGGACAGGGAACUGCAGUAAUUGGAGGAGGCAUUUCAGUUUUGUUUCGACCUCUUCCCUUCGAACUUUCAUGCGAGAUUUUGUGAUUGCGAGUGGGCUAAAAGUUGUCUUGCAGGUAAGUUGCUUUGAAGGUGGUUUGCUGAUUAGAAACUGCCAUCUGAAACAGAAAUUCGAGCUUUGGUUUCGAGUUCGUUUUGCACAAAUGAAACCUUUGAACAUUGAUCUGUUCUCUCAUUUCUUUUUUUGUUAGCUGAAAUGAAAGUUGGAAACAGAGAGCUGGUUGAGAUAUAGGUUAUAUGUGGUGGUAAACCAUAUUUUUCAAGAAUCAAGUUGCUUUCGUUGGCCUCGUACAUUUCUUUCAUUUUGAGGGCCUUCUUGUGACAAGCAUAUUAAUAUAAGCAUUACUUGAAGAAAACUAGUGUAUAAACGAGUUGCAAAAUUUUGGAUUGCGAGAACAUCUAGUUAUUGGCCAUGGUUCUAGUUUCUUUAGAUCCAGAGAAGUGUGAUAACUAUUUUUCUGUUGAUGCAGGGAGCCAUUGAUCCCAUGAAUUCAACACAAGAAGCUAUUAAUGAAUUUGUCUAUAUAAGAAAAGCUUAGAUUUUGUUAAAAAAUCUGAGUAUAUUUCUUCUAUUGGAAUGCUUAUGUUCCACUAAUUAUUUUUUUACUGUGGAAUUAUAUUAUUUCCUGAUUCAUAGUUCGAGUUUCACUUGUGGCCAUUGUUGUGCAAUUAUUGAAUAAUAUUAUUUUCUUAACUUGAUCACUUUACGUGAUCAUUUGCAUCUUGA